GUGUGGCGCACAUGCGAGGCUGACAGCUCUGUGCAAGGCUUGAGCUCCAGCUCCAGCUUCAUGUUUCAAUUGUAUGGUUUAAUUGUUUGUCAAGAUAUUAUAGAUAUUUGGGUUAUAGCAAGUUUCGAAAAUGGAACAAACUAGUGCUCGCCUACGCAGGACAUUUCGCUAUCCCACAGAUAGUGACUCCGAUGACUCGUUGCCGGAAGCUCUUGAUGAAGAAGGUACACCUGAACCCCGCUAUCCACUCCAUCACAUCAUUCCAAAACUAACCCUUCUCCAUCUAGAACAAGACAAGCUAAUCCAACAUCUCGCCGCCCUCCAUACAAAAUACAAUGCCGUCUACGCUCGACUUCUCCUUUGCCUUCCCCUCAUAAGCAUCAUUCCCUACCUGCUCACCCUCUUCUCCCCAGCAACCUCUCUCCUCAGUAUCCUCUCCAUUACCUCACUGAUGUCCACCGCCUUCCUCGUUUACUCUUUACCACCCGAAAAAACAUCGAUAACUAUCCUGGAUAACUUCAAUCAACCAUCUCAAGAUGCCCCUCUGUUAAAAACAGGAAGGGUGCUAGGAGUCAACAGAGUCGACGACGGACCUCUUCUAACCUACCUUCCAACACUCAAUCUCCUUCUCAGUUUCAUUCUUGGUGUUCUAGGAACUAUCGUCAAAUCUAAGCACAGAUCAAAUCCUAGAAUCGCCGAUGCGGAGUCAGAUAUCUGGUGGAUCGGAUUCGAAUGGUUACCCUUUGGAAUCUACGCCGUGGUAUUGCUAGCAAAAACCGUAAUGGGAAGUGUAAAUCCCGAAGAGGAGUUGGGAAGUUUGCGGUAUGGAUAUAAGGGAGCAUGAAGAGUGUUACGUUACAUCUACACUAGUAAAUCUAAAACUCUGGAAUGUUCUUUCGAAUUGUGAAGUCCAACUUGAACAUUUAUCACUAUC